AUGGACGACGACUAUGUUGCGCAGAUCCUUGCCAAGGAGGCCAAGGAAAGUUCCAUAAAAUACUCAUCUCAAGGCCUCAGUGCUUUGAUGCCUUCAAAGUUUGUCUGCCCUUACACUCUGCGACCGACAAGCAAUGUCCCCAAACCUAACACCCGCUUUUUACGCAACCUCAUCAAAGUGACAGAUAGCCAUAACACGGCUCUCAAGCUCAAAGAGGAAAGAGAAGCUCGAGAGCGCAUACGUCAAUUGAAAUCGCAGGCUUCAGGUGCUUCGCCUUCAACAUCAUCAAACCUUACAUCCCGACGAUCUAGUGAUCGAAGUGGGCCGCGAGCGUCAAAGGAACAUCGAAGAGAUGAUCAUGAGGACAGCCAUCGCUCGCAUCGGAGAAGGCAUCUAAGUCGUUCUCCUUCGGCUGAACGAGACCGAUCAAGGCGCCAUCGAAGAAGAGAUGAGGGCCAUGACGGGGUUGAAGAGAAACACAGAAACCGUGAUGGGCACAGACGUGAACGCCGUGAACACGAGUCAUCCAGAAAAGAUCGGCGCGAAAGAGAUAAGGAACAUACCAGGCAGCGACAUGACCGGUCGUACUCGAAGUCAAGGUCCCGCAGCCGUUCGCCGCGUAGGGACCGAAGUAGGGACCGCAGUGCUGGCCGUCACCGCCAUCGACGACACGACCGCCGAUCUGACCACUAUACACGCUCUCGUUCUCAUUCACCAGAAAUCCGCAAAUCUCGGUCAUCGAAGCAUGUUGAUCCAUCAUCCCAUUCGUCACGUCGUCCUCGCCCUGGAACUACCUCCCGACAUCACCAAGCGUCGCCUCCUUCAACACUCUUGACUGAGGCUGGCGAUGAAUCAGAUCCCCUCGAAGACAUUGUCGGGCCUCUUCCUCCCCGACAGAAGGAGGCACCUCUCCGCUCCCGCGGGCGAGGCGCCUACAAACCCAGCAUGAGCAACAUAGAUGCUCACUUUGCGCCUGGCUACGAUCCGACUACCGACGUCCACCUGGAGGAGGACAAUCUGCACUCCAUGGAUCAGCAAUCUUCUCGUCGUCAUGUCGCCGGGCUCAUGACGAAAGACGAUGACUGGGACAUGGCGCUCGAGUCACUUCGUGAUCGCACGCGCUGGAAACAGAAAGGUGAGGAGAGGUUGCGUGCAGCCGGAAUCAAUGAAGCAACGAUUGAUCAAUGGAAGAACAAUACUGCUUUCACUGGAUUGGAUGGUGAAGGUAACCCAGAAAAUGUACAAUGGUCGAAGAAAGGCGAGGGGCGCGAAUGGGAUCGCGGCAAAUUUGUGGAUGAUGAUGGGCACAUUGAUAUUCGGGCUGCCUGGUAG